AUGUGCUCCGGUUUCCUCCAGAGGGACACGGGAGAGGGCCGUGCACCUGGAGAGGGCCGUGCACCUGGAGAGGGCCGUGCACGUGGAGGGGGCCGUGCACCUGGAGAGGGCCGUGCACGUGGAGGGGGCCGUGCACGUGGAGAGGGCCGUGCACCUGGAGAGGGCCGUGCACGUGGGGGGGCCGUGCACCUGGAGAGGGCCGUGCACGUGGAGGGGGCCGUGCACCUGGAGGGGGCCGUGCACGUGGAGAGGGCCGUGCACCUGGAGAGGGCCGUGCACGUGGAGAGGGCCGUGCACGUGGAGGGGGCCGUGCACCUGGAGGGGGCCGUGCACGUGGAGAGGGCCGUGCACGUGGAGGGAGCCGUGCACGUGGAGGGGGCCGUGCACCUGGAGAGGGCCGUGCACGUGGAGGGGGCCGUGCACGUGGAGAGGGCCGUGCACCUGGAGAGGGCCGUGCACGUGGAGAGGGCCGUGCACGUGGAGAGGGCCGUGCACGUGGAGGGGGCCGUGCACGUGGAGGGGGCCGUGCACCUGGAGAGGGCCGUGCACCUGGAGAGGGCCGUGCACCUGGAGGGGGCCGUGCACGUGGAGGGGGCCGUGCACGUGGAGAGGGCCGUGCACCUAGAUAGGGCCGUGCACGUGGAGAGGGCCGUGCACCUGGAGAGGGCCGUGCACGUGGAGGGGGCCGUGCACGUGGAGGGGGCCGUGCACGUGGAGAGGGCCGUGCACGUGGAGAGGGCCGUGCACGUGGAGAGGGCCGUGCACCUGGAGAGGGCCGUGCACGUGGAGGGGGCCGUGCACGUGGAGGGGGCCGUGCACGUGGAGAGGGCCGUGCACGUGGAGAGGGCCGUGCACCUGGAGAGGGCCGUGCACAGGGCCGUGCACCUGGAGAGGGCCGUGCACGUGGAGGGGGCCGUGCACCUGGAGGGGGCCGUGCACGUGGAGAGGGCCGUGCACCUGGAGAGGGCCGUGCACCUGGAGAGGGCCGUGCACCUGGAGAGGGCCGUGCACGUGGAGGGGGCCGUGCACGUGGAGAGGGCCGUGCACCUGGAGAGGGCCGUGCACGUGGAGGGGGCCGUGCACGUGGAGAGGGCCGUGCACGUGGAGAGGGCCGUGCACGUGGAGAGGGCCGUGCACGUGGAGAGGGCCGUGCACCUGGAGAGGGCCGUGCACGUGGAGGGGGCCGUGCACCUGGAGGGGGCCAUGCACGUGGAGAGGGCCGUGCACCUGGAGAGGGCCGUGCACCUGGAGAGGGCCGUGCACCUGGAGAGGGCCGUGCACGUGGAGGGGGCCGUGCACGUGGAGAGGGCCGUGCACCUGGAGAGGGCCGUGCACGUGGAGGGGGCCGUGCACGUGGAGAGGGCCGUGCACCUGGAGAGGGCCGUGCACCUGGAGAGGGCCGUGCACCUGGAGAGGGCCGUGCACGUGGAGGGGGCCGUGCACGUGGAGAGGGCCGUGCACCUGGAGAGGGCCGUGCACGUGGAGGGGGCCGUGCACGUGGAGAGGGCCGUGCACGUGGAGAGGGCCGUGCACAGGGCCGUGCACCUGGAGAGGGCCGUGCACGUGGAGGGGGCCGUGCACCUGGAGGGGGCCGUGCACGUGGAGAGGGCCGUGCACCUGGAGAGGGCCGUGCACCUGGAGAGGGCCGUGCACGUGGAGGGGGCCGUGCACGUGGAGAGGGCCGUGCACCUGGAGAGGGCCGUGCACGUGGAGGGGGCCGUGCACGUGGAGAGGGCCGUGCACGUGGAGAGGGCCGUGCACGUGGAGAGGGCCGUGCACGUGGAGAGGGCUUUCAGAGUCCGGGGCUAG